AUGAUUUUUCAAAAAAGUACCGUGACAAUCAAAACCCUUUCAUUAGCUCUAGCCCUCGUUGGACCUGCGGUUGCGGAUGACUAUCGUCCAGCUUUUCAUUUCUGUCCGGCGGAGAACUGGAUGAACGAGCCUAAUGGGCUGAUUAAGAUUGAUUCAACAUGGCACCUAUUUUAUCAGGCUGACCCAACAGCAAAUGUUUGGGGUAAUGAGUGUUGGGGCCAUGCAACUAGCUCCGACCUACUCCAUUGGGAUCAUUUGCCCGUCGCCAUUCCAGUCGAGAAUGGAAUUGAAUCCUUUACUGGCACCUCUUAUUAUGACGGCGAUAAUACGUCUGGCUUAGGCACAUCUAGCAAUCCGCCGUACCUGGCCUUUUUCACUGGGUAUACCUCUUUGAACGAAACACAGGACCAGCGCCUUGCUUACAGCACGGAUCUUGGAACAACAUGGUUUAAGUUCCCCGGCAAUCCAAUUAUAUCGGCACCUCAGGAAGCACCUCAUGAUACGACUGGAGGGCGCGAGAGUCGUGACCCUAAAGUAUUCUUUCAUGUUUCGUCAGGGAAAUGGGUUAUGGUCCUUGCGCAUGGUGGUCAGGACAAAUUAACAUUCUGGACGUCUUUAGACGCCAAAAGCUGGACGUGGGUGAGUGAGCUGCUAUCAUCCCAGAUUGAGGGAUUUUCAAAUAGUAUCAGCGGAUGGGAAGUGCCGGAUAUUUGGGUGGUGAUUUUCACACCAGCUCAGGGAUCCCCGCCUGGGGGCAAUGGUGUUGUGGCGCUAACUGGGUCCUUUGACGGGGAAACAUUCGUGGCUGAUCCUGUGGACUCUUCAACAUUAUGGCUAGACUAUGGGCGCGAUUUUGAUGGUGCGUUGAGUUGGGAAAACGUACCUGCAUCGGAUGGUAGGCGCAUUAUCGCCGCCGUGAUGAAUAGUUAUGGUUCAAAUCCUCCUACCAAUAUAUGGAAAGGGAUGCUCUCCUUUCCGCGGACGCUGACCCUCAAGCGAAUCGGUUCCAAGCAGUACUUCCUUCAGCAGCCAGUCGCUGAGUUAAGCACAAUCGAUAGCACUCUCACAAGCAUUCAGAAUCAAACAAUUGCGCCAAACCAAACGCUACUUUCUUCCAUUCGUGGAACUAGCUUAGAUGUUCGGAUUGUUUUUCGCAUUGAUUCAGGUGCCACUCUGUCAUUAGCAGUCCGCAAAGGGGGAUCUGAGCAGACGGUUAUCCGAUAUUCCCAGUUGAACUCAACGCUCUCUGUUGAUCGAACGGCGAGUGGAGAUAUCUCUUAUGACCCAGCAGCGAAGGGUGUCCAUAGCGCGCAACUGGCACAGGAAAACACUGAGCUAGUUCACAUCUGGGUGUUAGUCGACACAUGCUCCGUGGAGGUGUUUGGAGGGCAAGGAGAAGCAGUUAUAUCAGACCUUAUAUUCCCCAGCAACUCUUCUGACGGCUUAUCUUUGGAGGUGUUUGGAGGGACGGCCACAUUUCAGUCUGUGACGGUGUCCUCAGUCUCACUUUGA